AUGGCCCGUAAGACCAAGGCGAUUGACCACAUGGUCAAUCGCAUGAGCAAAGUGCGGCUGGUGGAUGAGCGCGCUGCCCCGCCGCCCGAUGUUCAAGACGAUGCGCAGGAAGAUGACAAGAAAGCUGUGAAGCGCCAGCCCUUCCGCUUCUUCGAUCUGCCAUCCGAGCUGCGACUGCGCAUCUACGAAGAGCUUCUGGUCUUCCCUAAGACCAUCGACCUCGACCCUACGAAUUACCGCACCGUCGCCCCCGCCCUCCGCCUCUUCCUCGUCGACCAUCGCAUGCACGACGAAGCGUCGCGAGUCUUCUACGGUCGCAACACCUUCCGCGUGUUCCCCAUCCACGGCCGCUACAUAAACCGCAAACACCCGCUUCUUGCAUGGUUCCCUCGCAAAUACCGCGCGCUCCUUACGCGCCUAGAGCUGCGACUGGGGCCGGGCUUCACGAAACCGCCGAAAUGCUGGGUCGUGGAUAGCCGGCUCGGUCUGGCGGCGGUGAAGAAGGUGUACAAACUGAAAAUCUUUGUAGAGAUCGACCCGGCGUCGAACGAGGUCUUUGAGGGCUGGCGCGUGGGGAACAACUUCUAUACCGAGUACUGCGUCGGGCUGCUGAGAGGCUUGCUCGCGCAGGUGCCGUCGAUUGAUGACGUCGAGUUUGACGCAUAUCCAAGCGUGUCCAAGGACAGCCCGCUGCUGAAGGGCCUGGUAGAAGAGACCAAGCUCAAUCAGAAGCGCGUUGCCUGGGGCCCUGAGAGGGGCUGGGACAAGAUUGUGGAGGUUGACUUGGCCAGCGUGUUGCAGAAGAUGGGGCUUGGAGCUCAAUGA